AUGAUGUCCUGGUGGUCGUCCUCGGCCAAUACGGCUCUGGACGAACAGAUUGAAAAGGCCACGAGCAGCAGCCUAGAGGAUAUUGCUCUCAACCUCGAAAUCUCCGAUGUUAUUCGAUCGAAGACGGUCGCGCCCAAGGAGGCCAUGCGCAGCCUCAAACGUCGCAUUGGCAACAAGAACCCCAAUACGCAACUCAGUGCUCUCAAUCUUACCGAUACAUGUGUCAAGAAUGGCGGCUCGCAUUUCCUCGCCGAGAUUGCCUCGCGCGAAUUCAUGGAUAACAUGGUGUCGCUCCUUCAAGCCGUUGGCGGAGGCGCGGUCAAUGCCGAGGUCAAGUCGAAGAUCCUUGAACUCGUUCAGUCUUGGGCUGGUGCGGCAGAAGGACGGUACGAGCUUUCUUACAUCGGGGAAGUGUACCGAACACUACAGCGUGACGGCUACCACUUUCCACCCAAGAUCGCGGUUGCCAGCAGCAUGAUUGACAGCAAUGCGCCUCCGGAAUGGGCCGACUCUGAGGUCUGCAUGCGCUGCCGCACUGCCUUUACCUUCACGAACCGAAAGCACCACUGCCGUAAUUGUGGCAACUGCUUCGACCAGCAGUGUUCGGCCAAGACUGUCGCGCUUCCACAUCUCGGCAUACACACACCCGUUCGAGUCGACGACGGCUGCUAUGCCAAAAUCACCGGGAAAGGCUACAAAGAACUAGGUCCUCUACAGGACCGCUCUCCAACGUAUCCGCACAAAACCAAGAGCACCACAGCUAUGCAGCCGCGCAAUGCUCGUGUGGAGGACGACUUUGACGAAGAUAUCAAGAAGGCUCUGGCUAUGAGCUUGGAGGAGGUCAACAGCUCAACCAAGGGCAAAGUUUCGGCUCCCGUCAACGGGAACAAAGCAAGCGACCCAUCGACCGCGAAGCAAGCCGAGGAAGAAGAUGCCGAUCUGCGCGCCGCGAUUGCCGCAUCGUUGGCUGACAUGGAGGAGCAGAAACAGAAGCACAGUGCUGCGCUAAAGGAGCAAACCGACACACCGUCGAGAAGCACGGCGAAUGCUUUUGCCAUGCCCAAGAACGAUUACGAAUUGACGCCCGUCGAAGCUGAAAACAUCAACCUAUUUUCCACCUUAGUCGACCGUCUUCAAACACAACCUCCCGGAACAAUCCUUCGAGAACCGCAAAUCCAAGAAUUAUAUGAUAGUAUCGGCACGCUGCGGCCAAAACUGGCGCGCACCUACGGCGAGACAAUGAGCAAGCAUGACACGUUGCUUGAUCUGCAUGCAAAGCUUUCAACCGUCGUUCGAUACUACGACCGAAUGCUCGAGGAGAGAUUAUCGAAGGCGUACAGUCAGCAAAACCUCGGUUUUAGCCCGGCUGCUGUCCGCCAACAUGCUAGCCCAUACCCGUCUAUUUCUGCACAGAACACCGGCAACGCGCACGGGGAAUCGUUUUACACAGGACAGCAGCUAGGCUAUCCCUCUAUGCGAACCCCCAACCUGCAGCAAGCACAACCCAGCCAGCCUCAAUUUACUUCCUAUGGCGCAAGACCCGAUCUGGCUCAGAGCCACUACCCGUCAAUGCAGAACCAGGCAGAACCAGACCAUAUGCCGGUAUCUCACCAGCCUGUCAUGUCGCCUUCUGCCGACCCAAACAUGGCAUACUACGCCAAUCCUAACGCACCACCUCCUUCCGGCCCAUCAGCUCCCGCACCUGCACCAGAUGCCACGCGAUCACCAUACCCAAACCUCCAACAGAUCCAGCAUCACCGGGGAUCAGUGUCAUCGCAGACGCAAGGCACGCCUGUGCCGGCGCAGACGCAGCUGUCCCAACCCCCUCUCCAGGCACAGCAAGCUCCCGCGCAAGCUGUGCCUAGAGCCCAUCAGCAGCCAUAUUGGCAGCAGACCCAGGCGCCCGCGCCGCCGCAACAAACCCCUCAGAACUGGGGGUAUGCUGGACAGUUUCCAUCUGUUCCGCAGCAUGAGCCUGUGAAGCAGCCCGCACAAGAGGAGGCGCUGAUUGAGCUAUAG